AGUUGUAGUAACGUUGAACGGUUUGAGGUCGGUCUGUUCCUUUCUUCCCGGUUUUGACUGCAACAUCUGGAUCUGGGAAAUAAAAGUCAAACCCCUGCACAUCUGUACAGCUGUACACACUGAUCUGACCUGUAGAAAGAAGGAAAGCGGCGUGGUGUGUGUACAGGGUCAGCACUGCUCGGUGUAAUGCUGUCGGAUACAGGACAGGACUGAGUUCACGUGAUCACAGGAAAACAUCUGGGCACCGCUGGUGUAAGAUUGUACCCAUGUGAACUUUCUCUCUCCUGGACAGAUUACGGGGGAACAUCGUCCUGUGGCCGCUCUCGAGGAAAGAAAAGAGCUGCAGCAGCUCCAGCAGGUGUGGAGACCUCCGCUUCCUCUUCAUCAUCAGCAGUGCCCACAUCAUCAUCAUCAUCAUCAUCAGCCCCAGGAGAAGGUCACGCCAUGCGUCCAUCCAGACAAACACCAGGAGGCAGGGGCAAGAGGGGCAACAGUGUUUCUACAGCACAGGCAAAUCCCAAAAGAAAGAUGGCUGAUGUAGAGGAAGAAGAGGAGCAGGUGGAGAAGAAGUUUCGGAAGUGUGAGAAGGCAGGCUGCCCCGCUACGUAUCCUGUGUGUUUUGCCAGCGCAUCUGAAAGGUGCGCGAAAAACGGCUACACGUCUCGAUGGUACCAUCUGUCCUGCGGAGAACAUUUUUGCAACGAGUGUUUCGACCACUAUUACAGAAGCCAUAAGGACGGUUAUGAGAAAUUCUCCUCCUGGAAGAAGCUGUGGACAGGAAAUGGGAAGAGUGAACCAAGCCUGAAGGCCUUCAUGGCCGAUCAGCAACUUCCUUAUUGGGUGCAGUGUACGAAACCCGACUGUGGCAAAUGGAGGCAGUUGACGAAGGACAUCCAGCUGACGGCUUCUCUGGCUGCGACGUACCGCUGCGGGAUGAAACUCAACAACGUUAAAAAUGAAGGACCAGAUCAGUGCUCUCAGCCUGAAGACCUGAGAGUGGCCGGAGUAGGAGACAGUUGGUGGUCGUCCAUGCUGAUUCUGCCCCCCUUGCUGAAAGAGAGCCCGGCGAACCCGUUCCUCACGGCGUAUUACCCCGACUGUGUGGGUAUGAGUCCAUCCGGCUCCCACUGUGAUCUACGUCCUGAGCAGCGCCGCAACGUUCAGCCUCAAAUCCCGGGUUUGAGCCCGUAUUUCCAGCCCUUCUACCAGCCCAACGAGUGUGGUAAAGCCCUGUGUGUGCGACCUGACAUGAUGGAGCUCGACGAGCUCUACGAAUUCCCAGAAUUCUCCAGAGACCCCACCAUGUACCUCGCCUUACGCAACCUCAUCCUCGCCGCCUGGCAUCGAGACUGCAAGGAGGUUCUGACGCCGCAGAAGUGUGCUCCCCACGUCAUCGUCCGCGGGUUGGUCCGGGUGCGAUGUGUACAGGAGCUGGGCAAGGUUCUGCACUUUAUGACCCGCAAAGGUUUAAUCAACACCGGAGUUCUUCUGGCCAAACAGCCUCUCCUUCCCGAGCCGUACCGCAACAAGAAAGUGUUGGUGAUUGGAGCAGGAGCUUCAGGUCUCGCUGCUGCCAGACAGCUGCACAACUUCGGCAUGCAGGUGGUGGUGUUGGAGGCGAGGGAUCGAAUAGGAGGGCGAGUUUGGGAUGACACGUCACUGGGCGUCACCGUGGGUCGGGGUGCCCAGAUCGUCAACGGCUGUGUCAACAAUCCCAUCGCUCUAAUGUGUGAACAGCUGGGAGUGAAGAUGCACAAGCUGCGUGAGCGCUGCGACCUGAUCCAGGAUGGAGGCCGGGCCACAGAUGUGGCUAUAGACAAGCGCAUGGACUUCCACUUUAACGCCAUACUAGACGUGGUGUCCGAGUGGAGGAAGGACAAGUCACAGCACCAAGACGUCCCACUCGGGGAGAAGAUCCAGGAGGUGUAUAAGACGUUCCUGCAGGAGUCGGACAUUCGCUUCAGUGAGCUGGAAGAAAAAGUGCUGCAGUUCCAUCUCAGCAACCUGGAGUACGCCUGUGCAAGCCCACUGGACCAGGUUUCUGCUCGAUCGUGGGACCAUAACGAGUUCUUCGCUCAGUUCUCAGGGGACCACACACUGCUGACUGCAGGCUAUUCCACUCUACUGCACAAACUCGCCCAAGACCUCGACAUUCACCUCAACACUGCUGUGCAGUCUGUGGAUUACUCUGGUGAUGUGGUGAAGGUCAGCACCACCAGCGGAGCCCAGUUUACUGCUCAGAAGGUGUUAGUCACGGCUCCUUUAGCUCUCCUGCAGAAGAACGUCAUCCAGUUUAACCCUCCACUCCCAGACCGGAAGCUCAAAGCCAUAAACAGCCUGGGGGCUGGAGUCAUCGAGAAGAUUGCACUGCAGUUCCCCUACAGGUUCUGGGACAGUAAGGUGCAGAGAGCCGAUUAUUUUGGUCACGUUCCCCCGAGUCCUGAGAAGAGGGGCUUGUUCAGUGUGUUUUACGACAUGAGACCAAAGGGGGAGCAGUGUGUGCUGAUGUCGGUGAUCACAGGAGAGGCUCAGGCUAUGAUCAAAGACCUGGAAGACAAGGAAGUUGUUGAACUCUGCAUGAACCUUCUCAGGGACCUCUACAAGGAACAGGAGGUUCCGGACCCGCUGAAGUACUUCGUGACCCGUUGGAGUAAAGACGUGUGGUCUCAGAUGUCCUACAGCUUUGUGAAGACAGGAGGCAGUGGGGAGGCUUAUGAUGUCAUCGCGGAAGACGUGCAAGGGAAGAUCUACUUCGCGGGCGAGGCCACAAACCGUCACUUCCCCCAGACAGUAACCGGCGCGUACCUAAGCGGCGUACGAGAGGCGAGUAAGAUCGCAGCACUGUGAUGCAAACCCAAGGACCGGGAACUACUACGACUCCUCUACAGCAAACUCCAAUCAGGAAUUCUUACGGGUGUGGAGAUUAUUUAUUACUGUAGCAGCAUCGCAUGCAAAAUGUACCACAUGUACAUUCACCCCCACUGUGUCCUCAUCUUCUGAGAUUUUUGUAAAAGAUAAGACUGUAUGUCAUGGAACUUGUUUUUCUUUUCUUGUAAAGAAUCCUUACUGAGUAAAAGUGUCCAUACAUAAAAUAAAAUAAAAUAAAAAAACAGAAAUAUUCCUUCUGAAGGAAUAAUCAGCAUUUUGCCCACGUUUAUACAAUAUAGUAUAACCUAUUGAAGCAUUUAAAGUAUAUGUUUUGUGUAGUACUUGAUUUGAUUUGAGUUACACAUUGGACAGCACUUUGGUUGUAAUGAGUGGAUUUUUUUCUGUAUACUGAUCUGAAUAAUGACUGACAUUUCUUUUCUGUAUGAACAAAUUUGUAAUAUAUGCAUACUGUAAAUUGUACUGGAUUUUGUCCUUUUUUUUUUUUUUUACAUAAAUUAUCUAAACAAAACACUUAA